AUGUCGGCCUCGCCAGAGCCUCGAACUGAUUCCCCACCAGUCGAUUCCACUAUUGACAACGAAGAAACCGUGGCGAACGACCCGGUCCCCACAGAUCCUCUUGCCGCCGCGGAUCUCUCUGAUGAUGAAUCCGUUCUCUCUGAUGUUGAUGAAGCGCAGUUUGAAGGUUUUGACCCGGCGAACGUCGCCAUCGAUGAUCGUCCAGCUCUCGCGAUCGAUGAGGAGAAUCUCAAGUUAAUCGGUCGCCAUAAGCGCAGAAGAACCGAAGAGGAGGACGAGGCGCAGCGCAAGAAGAAAAAGAAGGAAUCCAAGCGUGAGAAGAAGAGUCGUAGGAAGCAACGGGAUAGCGAUGAUGCAUUCAGCGAAGGCGAAACGGUGGAAGGCAGACGGUCAAGGAAGCGCAAAGAAGGCAGGGAGAGAAGCAGCAAGGUCGUCGAUGAAGUGAAUGAGGAGGAGUUGGACCCAGCUACACGACGUCGUCGUGCCUUGGAUCGGAUGAUGGACGAGGCGUUGAAAAAGCCUACUAAACGACGUGUGAGAAAAGCAGAUGGAAUCGAUCUUGCGGAUCAAGCCGAUGCAGAGAUUGAGGAUGUCCGUCGCAGGAUGACCGAUGCAGCCAGACUUGACAGCAUUGCCCGCAGAGAGAACCGUCCCGCCCAGCACAAAUUGAAAAUGCUUCCCGAGGUAGUCUCGCUGCUAAACCGCAAUCAGUAUGUGAAUAGCUUGGUGGAUCCGGAAAUCAACCUUCUCGAGGCUGUCAAGUUCUUCCUGGAGCCUUUGGACGAUGGCUCGUUGCCUGCUUACGACAUUCAGCGAGAGCUUUUCGCCGCGUUAUCGAGACUUCCAAUCACCAAAGACGCAUUAAUUGCCAGUGGUAUUGGCAAGGUUAUCGUGUUCUACACCAAAAGUAAGCGACCACAAACCACAAUCAAGCGGCAGGCAGAACGGCUUCUAGCAGAAUGGACGCGCCCUAUCUUGCAGAAGAGCGAUGACUACUCCAAGAGAGUCUAUGAAGAAGUUGACUUUGAUCCACGUCAACUUGCCGUUCGCCAUCGACAAGUAUCCGCCCAAGCCACUGCUGCCGAAGCUCGUGCCAGAGAGCUACUUCCUCCUCGUCUAGCGAGCCGUGCCCGCGCCCAAGGUGGACAUACGACAUAUACAGUUGUGCCUCGCUCCACCCUGGUGCAGGAAAGCAAAUUUGCUCGCCCAUUGGGUGCUAGCGGCGAGGAUCGCUUCAGGCGUAUGAAAGCUAGACAGAUUGCAGCGACGAAAGCCUCGAAAAGAUGA